AUGUGUUUCCCCACGACAGUGCUGACUACUGAAAAUAUUCCAGUAACAUCAACAACAACGUCAACAACAACAACAACAACAACAACAGCAGCAGAACGCUGGACUCCAACAUCAAUAUUUGAAUGUCAAAACAAUAGCUAUAUUGGUACUUAUUGUAAUAUUACAAAUGAUCCAUGCAAAAUAUCACAACCAUGUGAAAACCAAGGAAUUUGCUAUUUGAACGAAACUCAUCAGUUCAGAUAUAUGUGCCGCUGCCCUAUUGGUUAUUUCGGUGAUCGUUGUGAACAUGACAAUAGAAUAUGUAAAAAUAAUACAUGCUGGCAUGAUGGAAAAUGUGUUGAACAUACGGAAACUGUUGCUAUUGAUAAUAAAACGACAUUUAAAUGUACAUGCGAACCUGGUUAUGAUGGAUCUUAUUGUGAAUUAGUAGAUAAUAUGUGUAUUAAUAUAACAUGUGAAAAUAAUGGUGUAUGCUUUUCAUCUCAUCUAGAAUGGAAGUGUCGAUGUCUUGAUUCUUCGCUUUAUUCUGGAAAAUAUUGCGAAAUGAAAAGUGCAUCACUGAAAAUAAAACAAGCAUUGAGUAAAUCAUUUGCAUCCAUAGCUAUUGCAGCAAUUAUUACUGUCUUUCUAUUUGUUUUUAUAAUGGAUAUAUUAAAAUAUGUAUUUCACAUUGAUCCCGUGGACCGUGAAAGACGAUUGAUGCAAUCGAAACGAACGAAAAGACAAUUAAAAAAGCCGAAGAAACAGCAACGUCGAAAAGUUCAUGCAAAAUUAUAUUAUAUUUCUUGA